UCAACUUCAAUAGGAGUAGGGAUGUCCCAUGGUUUCCGGUUAGCACUGACCCUAUCAGUUUAUUGAGCAAUAUCUACGUCAACCUCAACGCUCGUGGUCUGACUGUGCAGUGACUGUGGAAUAGUUCCAACUUCCUCGAACUUGUUGGUUUAGUUUCGUUUCCUUCGUAUAACGCAGCUGCUGAUCGACACAUUUCUCCAUUUUGCUGGAGUCGUUUGUCUGGCUAGCUUACAUCUACGGGAUAAAGAGUUUGGGUCAGACACAUUGUAGGCUAUUAUAUUGGUUUGAACGGCGAAUAGUAGAAUCAGUCAAAAUGAAGAAGGUACUUCUGUUCGUGUUUAUACUCUGCGCUAUUGUCUCAGCGCUGGCAUCUGCUCAAGAGGACACCAAAAGAUCCAAACCGUCUGCAACUGUCUUCCCACCCUCUGAGUUUGACGCCACGUCCAACACUACCUCUACUACAACUUCGCCUGCAUUAUCCACCACAGAACCCCCAACUAAUACCACCACAGCUGCCUCCACAACAGCCAAUACCACCACAGCUGCCUCCACAACAGCCAAUACCACCACAGCUGCCYCCACAACAGCCAAUACCACCACAGCUGCCMCCACAACAGCCAAUGCCACCACAGCUGCCCCCACAACAGCCAAUGCCACCACAGCUGCCCCCACAACAGCCAAUGCCACCACAGCCAAUACUACCACAGCUGCCCUCACCACCACACAUGCUCCCACCACUACUGCCACUCCAAAACCGGAGCCCACCCCUGCUGCUAACCUGACCGUGGGAAACUACACUCUCAAGUCGGACAAGAGUCUGUGUGUGAUGGCUCAGCUGGCCCUACAGAUCAGAGUGGAAGACACUGGAAAGACGGGAGUGUUCAUCGUUCAACCAUUGAAGACAAGUGUUGCAGGGGGUUGUGAGAAAUCCACGGCCAACUUCACCCUCACGUUCAAGGAGGGCUUCAUCACCUUCAUGUUUAAUAAGAACACCACCCAAAAUGCUGUCUAUGUCGACACUGUUUCUUUCUAUCUUUCCUACCCGUUAACAUCUGGAGACAACGGCAAAAUGUCUCCACCCUACGCCGCCAAAAACGGGUCACUGGAUCUCUUCCUCGCUAAGGUUGGCCACUCCUACUCCUGCAAGAGCGAAUCAGUUUUCAUGGGAAACGGGCUCUAUCUGGAUGUCACCCAGGACAGGAUACAGGCCUUCAACAUCACCAAGGAGUGGGACUUUGGCACAUCUGACCCCUGCUCAGCCGACAGACCUGCCGACUACCGCGUGGCCAUUGCUGUGGGGAUUGUCCUCCUUAUCCUCAUCAUCAUCGUGGUGGUGGCCUAUCUCCUGAGCAGGCGAAAAAGAUCAGAUGGCUACCAGUCCCUCUAAAGAGCCACUCAGGUGUCAAAGGGCACACGGUAUCAACUCACAGUCUCAAUCCACCCACCAUUGUGUUUUUAUCACUUGCUGUUAACACUGCUGUAACCUCAACUCCUCACACAUCAACUAAUUGUACCGCUCACACACAAACUAACUAACUGUACCGCUCACACACAAACUAACUAUAUGGAUAAGAUGAGGGAAUAUUUCAGCGUUGUAGACCGGCAGUUCCAUUUGAGUUGAUUUGUACAUUCAUUAAUUGAGGUGGAUAAAAUGUAUUGGAUCAGAUACUAGGAUUAAAAUAUACUGACUUUGAAUUUACUCACUCUGAACUCUUUGGCUGUUGAACAUUUUAGAUUGUGUUGUUUGUGCUACUGUGACCAGUGCUACUGUGACGUCCAGUGCUACUGUGACAUCUAGUGCUACUGUGACAUCCAGUGCUACUGUGACAUCCAGUGCUACUGUGACAUCCAGUGCUACUGUGACAUCUAGUGCUACUGUGACAUCUAGUGCUACUGUGACAUCCAGUGCUACUGUGACAUCUAGUGCUACUGUGACAUCCAGUGCUACUGUGACAUCCAGUGCUACUGUGACAUCCAGUGCUACUGUGACGUCCAGUGCUCGACAAACCAUGAACUAUUGUGUCUGUAUUUGUGUUACCUUCUAUUGCAGAAACUUUCACUGCAGUAUUUCACAAUGUGCUUUCUACUAUAGCUGAAUUUUGAAUCUAUGCUGUUUUGAUUUCUUCUUAUUAAUUUCUUUGUGUUUGUACCACUGCCCUCAACCUUUUAGAAUGGCCUAUUAGGCUGUUUGAUUUCUGAAUCGUAAUCUAGAUGAUGUUAUCAUGGGCCUUUUUUUUUAAUGUAUUCCACUCAGUUAAUUAAAGGGAAUGUUUCAGGUUUUGAAAUGUAAAGUUUUGUAAAAGGGAGGCAUGCUUUUGAAUGUAAACCGCAAUUUGUGUUUUCAAUUUCUUUUGUCUUAUUUGUCUCAAGUGUUUUGUUAACCAUUAUUUGCUAUUACACACUCUUUCCCUUAUGAUGUGGUAAUAAUUUGGUAUGUAAACAUGUUUGAGAACAUUUUAUUAGUCGAAUGUGACAACCAUAAGUAAUUGCAGGACCACUGAUUGUUUAUCUUGUCAACUUUGACAGUGGUCAUAUAGCUUGAGGUAGAAGUUGCCUUUAACCACAGAUAUAGAAUCAGAUGACCUAUACCUGCCAAUCAUAAGGAGGAAAAAAGGAAUACAGAUAUUUGACUCUGGGGCAAAUUGCAUUAUAAGGGAUUACAUUUGGGAUCAGAAAGCACAUUGAACAAGUUCUGACUCAUCUGAACAUAAGGUAACGUUACUGUUCUAUGUUGCCACAGUUACAGGUUCCUAAUGUUGAUUAUGGCCUAUAUUACUAUUCUUUAAAUUUAAUUUAGGAAACAUUUAUUUUGAUUUGUUUACAUGUUGUUAUGUGCCAUGUAUCAUCUUGAGAAAAAUGUUGAAAAUGAAAACAUCCCAAAUAAAGUUGUAUUAAUUUGUAAA